AUAUGAUAGAUCGAAGAAGUCAGAGUCCCUUAGCUACAAGUUCGAAAUUGGGAACUGCAAGAGAAAUCUUUGGUACAGGUACAGAAUAAGAACCGACAAAACGAUUAACAAGAUCAAUAAGAAAUACAAGCACAGAUCCAUAACAAACAGAUUACAAAUAAUACUAAAAUUAAGGUUUUUUAGGAGUUUAGGGUUCUUAAGAAAUGAAUUGUAAACUAUAAAUAAAUUUGGCAAGCACCUAAUUCACGUCAUUUUACUUAAGAGAAUUUCGAGUAUCGAAAACCAGAAACGGACAGCUUCAAUUUUAGGACUGUUCAAACUUAUAAACCUUAAGAAGUAAGUGCUUAGCCAACUUCUUAAUUUAAUUACUAGAGUUUUGAAUACAAAAAACCAGACACUGGUCGUACAGGAUCCUACAUAUAGUCAGGUACUUGAACUAUUUAUCAUCAUAGCAUACAAUACAACAUGUAUUUAAUAUUUUUAUGACUCAAGUUUAAGAACCAAUUGGAAAUUCACUUAACAAUUAGAAUAAAACUUUGUAUGAACCACCAAAAUAAGAUAAUACUUUUACAAAAUAUGAAUUGAAUUCAUUCGAUAAAUAUAAGACUACUUAUGAAUAACCUAAAACAUAUGAAAAGUUUGACCAAUAUAAAUUUGAACCAAUCAAAUAGGAAUAUAAUUUUUAUGAAAAACCAAAAGAAUAUUAUCAAUCAUCCUACAAAUCUAUUCCUUAAGUUCAACCAAAUUCAUCAAUUGUGUAAUUGUAUUAUAUUAAUAUAGUCAUACUUAAUAUACUCCUUAUAAUCCUGAUAGAAUUACUUUGGAUACUUAAAUAAAUAGAACUACAGUAAAUCCACCAAUUAUUGAAUCCUUAAGUAUAGGAGGACCUAAAGUAAAUAAUGAACCAAUCAGAAAUUCGGAAAUUCAAAUCAAGACCUAAAAUCCUAUAGAUCCAAUAAUAAAUAAAAUAUAAAAACCUCCUUCUGUAUAUGCAGAAUCAGUUUAGAAGGAAUAAAUAUAUAGACCUACAACUCCAGUUUAUACACAAUAAUAAUAUCAAUAGUCUAAUUAUAAGUAACCUGAAUAACAAUACAAGUAGGAACCUAUCGAAAUUUUCAACAAACAAAGUUAUAACUGUACAAUAAUUAUAUAUAUUAGUUGAAUUACCUAAAAAAUAUGUAGAGGAUAUUGUAAUAGUUGAAAAUGAAGCGAAUGAACAUGAAUUUAACGCAGGUUGCUAGAUAUUCUGAUAUAUUUGAAUAAAUAAUAUAUA